CAUUUGCUUGACUGACAGACAGCUGUUCACCUGACUCAAACCUUGAAAUCUCGUACUUGCUGUGUGUGAGCUUGUGGCGCUUGUUCUGUUCAGUUUUAUCUAUUUUGUGUAAUGAUUUAACUAAUAAUCAGUUAUAAUUAGUUCCAAUGAAUAUUCGUUUACACCUUAAUAUACGUAACGAUACGUAAAUAAUUAGAGAUGACACGAUGAGGUUCUUAACUUUUGUUGGUUCGAGUAUCUUUCAGAUUCUUUCGUUUAUUUUUGUUUUGGGCUAUCUUCUCGGAAUACUAAAUAUUCAUUUUAGCGACAAAAAUGAAUAUUGUGCUAUGACUUAUAUGUUUGAAUAUCCACAAUUUGUGCGUGUUUCGGUUCCUGAAAAUAGUAUUUACCCGCAAUAUGGAUUAUACGCGUAUAGUGAAGGCAGGUUCACUGAGAGAGCCAGGAAAAUGUGGUUUGAUGGAGUACCCGUUUUGUUUCUGCCGGGUAAUUCAGGAAGUCAUAUGCAGGCCCGCUCUUUGGCAUCUGUGGCCUUGCGGAAAGCGCUCACUGGUGGAUUUGAAUACCAUUUUGACUUCUUCACAAUUGCCUACAAUGAAGAAUUAUCGGGAUUGUAUGGUGGUGUUCUUCAAAGCCAAACAAACUUUGCAGCUGCAUGUUUGUCAAGGAUACUGAGUCUUUAUAAAAGCAAUAGGUAUACAAAAUCUGUGCCUACAACUGUUAUCCUCAUUGGCCAUUCCAUGGGAGGAGUAAUAGCAAAAAGACUAUUAGCAUAUCCUCCAACAAUGAAUUCCACAUCUGUUGCAAUAACUCUGGCAGCCCCUCUGGAAGCUCCAGUUAUGAACUUUGACAUUGCAAUAAAUGAUUACUACAAAUUCAUGAGUGCGGAAUGGGACGAUGUUGCCAGCAGUAAUAAUUGGAGCCAGAAAAUCCUACUUAGCUUCGGGAAUGGACCAAGGGAUUUUCUCAUGCCAUCUAGUUUGACAUCUUCAAAAGAAAGCUACAUCAGUGCCUUGACUACAGCUAUCCCAGGAGUGUGGGUAUCACCAGACCACGUUGGCAUAGUGUGGUGUAAGCAAUUAGUAAUGGCCAUCAACAAAUAUCUCUUCGAUAUCAUCGACCCACAGACUGAACAGGUCUCCGAAAACUAUCAACUUUUAACAGUGAAAGCUAAACAAUAUUUCCAGGCCAAUCGUUCGAUGACACUCAGCUCGACGAUAAACCGCCCAACUGUCGCGAUGGUUGCUGACGCGUUCUGGUACGAAGACAACAGGAGGGCUUAUAGGGUUGCCAGACCCGACAUUGACAAGACAACGUACUUGAUGAUAAGGCUAUUGAAUUAUCCACAGAACCGUUUCGUUGCCGUGGAAACGGUCAAUGUUACCGAUAAGGACUGGAUAUUCGGGUGCAAUGCUAUGUAUACGUAUAAUACUUAUAGAUACUGUAAGCAAGGUAUGUCUUUGACGGAGUUGAGCCGCUGGACCGGCGCCGCUGUUAAUUUUGGCAAGAGGAAACUGGCUACGAUCAACCUUCACAGCAUAAAACAGCAAUACCCUGAUUGGUCCCACGUGGUACUCAAAGUAUCUCCUACUAGAAAACCGGUAAUACUAGACGUUGAUAUAAACGACUACGCUUCAAGACAGAUCACAGUGAACCUCCCUUCGAUGUUAUCUUUCGGGACCGCCCUUAUUAAACAAGAAACCGAACUCAAUAGUUUAUAUUACGAACUGCUACUACCAGAGUUCAAUAUUGUACAUCAGGCGUAUUUACUGUUUGUCGAGCCCACGGCCAGUUGUAAGGCGAGCCAGUAUCACGUGUCUGCCGAGCUACAUGUCCCAUGGGCGAAGAAUAAUGAAUACUAUCAUUAUUUCACUCAUAUAAAACGGUCGCCCAUGAAGCUACGCAUCUACAAAAGCAAUCCGAAUAUAACUUACGGAAUAGAAGCUACAGAACAUGUUAAAAUUACGCUGUUAUUGGAUCCACAGUGUACAUUUACUAUCAGUAUCGCGUCAUCGUGGUACCACCGACUCGCGCAAAUCGCUCGGAACUACACUCCAGUACUGACGCCAUACGUUGCUGCUAUAGUACUCUUGGCUGCCAGGAGUAACAUACUCCACCUCAAGGACAGAGGGCGCUGUAUGACGAUACAUAGCGCUCUGAUGAGUGAAGGCGUCAAACCGUAUUACGCGUUAGUCGCCGCGAGAUUGUUCUUCACGUUUGUGACAUCAGUGCCACUACUAGCGUACCUUCUAGAAAACGCAAGUUGGCAUAACAUAGAGCUGAUGCAGUUCUCGCGGUCCCUGCUAGUGCUACCGGCGUACAUGGCGGCGCUGGGCGCGCUGCAUAUAGCUGCGGCGGCCGCCCUGGCUAUUAUGGUGUUUUCGUCUCAACUGGCGCAUCGGCUUUUGUUCAGGAUAAUGUGGCGCGGCAGCUCCAACUUAGCAGAGAAGGUGGCGUCGAGCCUGCAGCGGAUACCGCUGAUCGUGAGCGUGUCCUUGAUGGCUGGGGUGCCUCUGUCUUGCGGCGCCGCCUCCUUGCUGGCUGGGGCCGCCUUCUACGCCUUUAUGUUAUCGAAAAUGUACGAAGAAUAUUUAGAAGAUUACGUGUAUAAAAUUAUGGCUAAAGUUGCAUCUAGAAUGUGUCUCUGGUUCACAAAGAAGAAGAAGGAAGAAAAAUCCACGGCAUUAGUUAGCCAAGAAAUAGAAGAAUCGAUUCCGACAGAAACUCAAGCUAUUGAUAACAAAAUUGAUAGUAUUGGUGACAAUAGCAAAGAGAAAGAUACUAAAGGUAAUACUACAGAAACUAGUAAAGUAACAGAUAUUAAAGCUAAUACUACAGAGACUGGUAAAGUAACAGAUACUAAAGCAAAUACUGUGGAAAGUAGUAAAGUAAAAGAAGAUAAUAGUUGUAAAGAAAUCAUUGCUAAAGAAAGUACUUCAGUAGAAACCUCUCAAGGUACUAUUUCUAAACAAAUCGUACCAGUUGACAGAGAAAGUUUACGUCAACGAAUUUUUAGAAGGCAUUCUAAGCCUGUAGUUGAUAAAAAUGAAACUCAAAAUCAAGAAAAUGUGAAUAGAAGAAAGACAAAUGAAGAUUUAGAUGAAGAAUUGAACAAUUUGAAUUUUCAUAUGACGCUUUUCUUCAUGUGGAUGAGCGUUACUUUAGUCAAUGUCCCCGCGCUCCUUACGUGGGCCAGGAAUUUCAAAUACAGUAUGGUGCUGAAGCCUGACACGUCCUACCACGUGGGCAUGGUAAUGUCAGCUUGUUCAUCGUGCUUGUGGCAAAUGGACGGACCACGUAGAAAUCUGAAAUAUUACGACGCUGUAGCAGCGUUAUUAUUCACUAUGGCAGUGUGUAUAAUAGUCUUAGGUCCGUUCUCACUGGCCACAGUGAGCUAUGGCGUCACAUUCAUGUAUGUCGUCAUCACAGUUCAACAGCUGUUCGAUCGGGAGGUCGUUGACCCGGAGACAACAACUACAAAAGACAAUAAGCAGUCAGAAAAUAGUGAUAAUGUCAAAGAUGACGUAAAUAAUGAAACAAAUAAGUCUGAAAAUGUAUCCAGUGAACCCAAGAAUGAGCCACCAGGCUCAAGGACACAGAAUGAUUCAAAUGAGUCAACUAAAUCGGAAGCGAACUCUUCUAAUCCAGAACAAAGUAGUGAAGUAAAUGGUGAAACAAGUGAGGACUGCGUGUGCAACGAAAAUAGAAUUUAUACAAUGUUUAAAAAUCUCAGAGAUAAAUUUAGUUUUAGCGAAGAUUGAAUAGUUGUUUCCUAAUGUAUUUUUAUUCAUGCUGCAUUGCAAGAGGGCAGAGAGGAUUGAUCGAACUUAGUCUAGGUAGCACAAAGUUAAACAAUUCUGCCAACUUGGAGACAUGUGUAUUGUCGCCAAACACGCCAAUUCUUGGUCAUUAAACAAUAUUAAUAAUAAUAUAAUAAUUCUUUUUAAAAGUCAAUAGGACUCACACACAAUGUAAGAGAAUAAUAUUUGUUUUGUUGAGUAUCGAUUUAUAAGAUUAUAUUAUUGCAUAUUGACAUACAUUUUGGUCCCUGGAAAUAACGAAAAUAGCUUAUAUUAUUUGCAUCUGUAGCUGAUUGACUGAGAAAGAAAAGAUUUAACUAGGUACUUUUAUUGUGAACAUACUUAAGUAUUUAUUUAUUUUUGCUUUUAAAUUUGCUAUUACAGAUCUGUGGUAGGUACUAAUUAUUGAUUUUAUUACUAAGUGUUCAGUGUCCUGUCCAGCGCAGGCCUAAAUUUUGUUUUCGAAUUCAUAUUUGGAUCAUAAAUGAAAAUCACAUGCUCAGCAGUCAAGGAAAACAUAGUGAGGAAACCAGUACUGGGCUGGUUUUCCCUUCACAGGUUGGAAGGUCAGACAGGCAGUUGCCUCUAUAAAAGACCGGACCUAUCAAAUUUUCAGGUAAGUGGACCCUGAGAAAAACGGGAUAACGGUAGGGAGAUGACGAUGAUUAAAUGUUCAUUGUGAACUAGUUACGAGUUCUGUAACGGGCAUCUAUGGGACAACAUCUAUCCCAUUGAUAUAAUUAUAAUAUGUUACUAUGUAAUGAUCUAUCCCAAUGUUGCCAAAUUAUUUAAGUUUGUAUAUUACGUAAAACCAUGAUUGAGAGUUUAUUACGAAUACACAAUACAAGUCAAUACAAA